AUGCCUGGAUGGAGAUCUCAGUGGCGUCUCAUCCUGCUGAACUCUCUGACCUGUGGCCUGGAGAUCUGUGUGGCAGCUGGGAUCACAUACGUGCCCCCACUGCUGUUGGAGGCUGGAGUAGAGGAGCGCUACAUGACCAUGGUGCUAGGUAUCGGUCCGGUUCUUGGCCUGCUUUUCAUCCCUCUGAUUGGCUCGGCCAGUGACCAGUGCAACAGCAGUUAUGGUCGACGGCGGCCCUUCAUCUGGCUGUUGUCUCUGGGAGUUCUUCUGGCGCUCUUCAUCAUUCCCCAUGCUGAUCUCUUGGCAGCACGUCUUGCUUGGGGAGGGCACACCCUCCAGGUGGGAGUUCUUAUCUUUGGUGUAGGACUCCUGGACUUCUGUGGACAGGUUUGCUUCACGCCGCUGGAGGCUCUUCUGUCAGACUUGUACAGGGACGAGGAGGAGUGUGGCCAAGCCUUCGCCAUGUUCUCUUUCAUGGUCAGCCUGGGAGGCUGUGUGGGUUAUUUGCUACCUGCACUGGACUGGAGUCGCAGUCUGCUUUCUAUUUAUCUAGGAGGACAGGCCGAGUGCCUUUUUUCCCUCCUCAUCUUCAUCUUCGUCGCCAGCGUGCUCAUUACCAUGAAGAUGUCUGAGGAGCCCUCAUGUGCCAGCAGCAGCUUGGCGGGAUCAGGAUCUUUACUGGAGUCUGGGCCUGGCGUGAUGGAAGCUCGCCGCUGCGCUGUGCCCCGCUCGUGCUGCUACCUGCUGAAAUGCAAACUGAGGCUGCUCAAGGCUGGACCUUUACUCUGCUUACUGAGGACAUGCUGGUCCAUGACCCCGGCCAUCUUCAGGAGCUACUGCCACGUCCCGCGUGUGAUGAGACAGCUGUGCAUGGCCCAGCUCUGCAGCUGGAUGGCUGUGAUGUCGUUUAUGCUUUUUUACACAGACUUUGUGGGGGAAGGCCUGUAUGAAGGUGUGCCUAGUGCGUUACCAGGAAGCAUGUCCAAGCAAAGAUACGAUGAAGGUAUCCGUAUGGGCAGCCUGGGCCUGUUUCUCCAGUGUGCUACCUCAACUUUCUGCUCUCUGAUAAUGAGUCGCUUGGUUCACCGCUUCGGGUCACGAUGGGUCUAUCUGAGCAGUAUGGUGAGCUUCACGGCCUCGGCGUUGGUCAUUUGCUUAUCUAAAAGUGUCGCCCUGGUCACAGCGAUGGCAGCUCUCACUGGCUACGCCUAUGCAACCCUGCAGACCCUGCCUUACACCCUCACAUGCCAUUACCACAAGGAAAAAGAGGUCUACAUGCCAAAAAGGAUCACCAAAAGUCUACAUCAAAAUGGUAUAACAGCCAAGCAGGAUUCUGUUUAUCUGAACCCUGUGCAGGAGGAAGAGGGUGUCUUAAACCACAAAACUACUCCUUACAUACCGGUACAUCCCUUCCUCAGCCAAGAUGGUUAUGAAAACUAUCCCUCCCCACCAAGUCAGAACGGCUCAUCCCCCUGCUCUGGUAGCACCGAGCAGGAUGGAGCUGAGUUGGGAUACGAGAGGCGUGGUGUGGGCUUGGACUUUGCGAUCUUAGACAGCACGUUUCUCCUCUCUCAGGUUAUCCCCACCCUCUUCAUGGGUAUGAUUGUUCAGUUUGCACAGUCCGUAACCGCCUACAUCGCCUGCUCUGCGAUCUUUGGAGCUGUUGCCAUCUACCUAGCUUGUCACAUUGUCUUUGACCAAAAGGACCUCAGAAGCUAAAUCUUUGUUUUAAAAGAAAAGGGAGUGAUAGAAUCACUAAUGACUCAUUCAGGUUACUCUGAUAAAACUCAACAAUGCACUAGUUUUCCCAGAAUGCCUUGUGCUAAUAUCAUCUGCAGGUUAUGUAAGAAGUGGCUUAAUCUUUUGGCUUUUCACUCUAGGGGUGUCGCUAUAGUGAGUCAUCCUCCUCCAUCUCACUCUGUCCUCACUCCAACUACCUCCAUGUCCUCUCUACC